AUGGCCAUGGCACCAGCAAGAAUCCACUCAGAUGGUCUGCUUCCCCUGAGCAUCGUUGAAGGCCUUGCCACCAUGACCACAGACGACAUGCACUGGCUUCUCUCUGAUUGGCAGGCUUGGGAGGCAGUGAUGGAGCAGCUUUGUCUUGGAAGGGACGAAGUCGAUGUGCUGUACUAUAUGGUGGUCCGGGAGCUGAUGCGACGGGAGGAAGGGCUCAGGCCGUCCGGAAACCUGUCCCAGGAGGAGAUGAUGUUUCUCCAAGAGUUUCCCUGGCGGAAGCACCAGCUGAAGAAGACUAUCAGUGAACUUUGCAGCAUCGCAGACCAAGUUGACACAACCCACAAGAUGCUCACCAAGACCAGCCUGGUGGCCAGCUCCUCGGGGGCGGUGUCCAGCGUCAUGACCAUCCUUGGUGUGGCCCUGGCACCUGUGACAACAGGAGGGAGCCUGCUGCUCACAGCAGCAGGGCAGAGCCUGGGGUUAGCAGCUGCUGCCACCAACAUUUUGACAAAUGUCUUAGAAAAUAGGAGCAAUUCGGCAGCAAGAGACAGAGCUAGCAGACUGGCGAGUCUCUCUAUGGGCGCGGAGGCUGGAACUGGGGGAGGGAUGCAUUUCUCUGAUGUGAGUUUCAUCAGGAGGUGUGUUGACGCUCUCAGGAGCAUCAGGCAGCUUCAGGCCUUCCAGAGGGCCCAGGCCAGCCCUAGCUUCAUUGAGAGGGUCAGGAACUUCGUGGCCACAAGGCGUGUGCCCUUCUGGAGGGCCACAGGGGUGCAGAGAGCGGCGGGGGCGCCUGUCAUGGCUAUGACCCGCGCUGCCCGGAUGCUGAGUGUAGCUGGGGCUGGCUACUUCCUCAUGCAGGACAUGAGAAGCAUCCGGGAGAACUGGAGGCACCUGGAAGACGGAGCGAGGACGGAGAUGGCCGAGGAAUUGAGGAGGCUCGCCUGGGAGCUGGAGCAGGAGCUGGACCAGCAGUCCCAGCGCUACAUGCUUACCAUCCAGAGGCUUAACCAGGAGGGAGGAAGAAGGGCAAAGGAUGCCGAGGAUAAGUGGGGAUGCAAACCAGUUGGCCAGGCUGGCCCCAGCAGAAGCAGAAUGCACGCCUUCAACGACGGGGUGCCUGGAGAGGGUGCUAGGAGACCUGCAGCACUGUGCGGUAACCCCCGGGGACUCCAGAAAUACCGGACCAGACUAGAAUUGCAAGAGAUCAGACGCUCUGUGGGGGGGAGAGGAGGGCAGUCAGGGUUAGAGUCCAAGGAGACCUAA